UGAUCACACACACACACACACACACAGGCCCAUCAUGACACGUGAACACACACAGUCUGUGACACACACACUCGGUGCUCAGAAUGACACAGCUCUGAUCGGAGGGAGGUGAUCUCUGAAAUUGCUCAGUGAGCACCCCUAAUUUCCCUGAUUUACAUUUUGCUGUCAAUCACACCCAAUGGAAUCCAAUCAGAAAGCAAGCGGGGACGGAGUGACGGGGACGCAGAAGGAGGCAGCGCUCCGAGCGCUCACACAACGCACAGGAUACCAACUGCGUCAGGAGAACGGCCAGCGGCGGUACGGUGGUCCCCCGCCCGGCUGGGACGGCCCACCGCCGGAGAGAGGCAGCGAGAUCUUUGUGGGGAAACUACCAAGAGAUCUGUUUGAAGACGAACUGGUUCCACUGUGUGAGAAGUUUGGUAAGAUCUACGAGGUGAGGAUGAUGAUGGACUUUAACGGGAACAACAGAGGUUACGCCUUCGUCACCUUCAGCACUAAACAGGAGGCCAGAGCAGCCAUGAAGCAGCUUAACAACUAUGAGAUCAGGAACGGCCGCCUCCUCGGCGUUUGUGCCAGUGUCGACAACUGCCGCCUGUUUGUGGGUGGGAUUCCCAAAACCAAGAAGCGUGAAGAGAUCCUGUCUGAGAUGAGGAAGGUCACCGAAGGGGUCGUGGACGUCAUCGUGUACCCCAGCGCCGCCGACAAAUCCAAGAACCGAGGCUUUGCUUUUGUCGAAUACGAGAGCCAUCGAGCUGCAGCCAUGGCUCGCCGCAAACUGCUGCCAGGUCGUAUUCAGCUGUGGGGUCAUGCCAUUGCUGUGGACUGGGCGGAGCCAGAGGUGGAGGUUGAUGAGGAUACCAUGGCAACUGUCAAGAUACUGUACGUGCGGAACCUGAUGCUGCAGACCACAGAGGAGACCAUUGAGAAAGAGUUCAACAGCCUCAAACCAGGUGCUGUGGAGCGAGUGAAGAAGAUCCGGGACUACGCCUUCGUCCAUUUCAUUCAGAGAGAAGACGCCAUCAACGCCAUGAACGCUCUCAAUGGAAAGGUGGUGGAUGGGUCACCUAUCGAGGUGACUCUGGCCAAGCCGGUGGACAAGGACAGUUAUGUCCGUUACACCAGAGGGACCGGAGGACGAGGAGGAUCUCUGCUGCAGACCGACUACGCUGCCUACACUCUGGGACAGGUGUAUGACCCCUCGGCGGCGUAUCUCGGUGCACCCGUGUUUUACGCCCCCCAGGCCUACGCUGCCAUACCAGGUCAGUUCCGUUUCCCAGCGGCCAAAGCUCAUGUUGGAGGUCGAGGUCUGAUCAGGACGCCGUCUGUUAGAGAAAUUUACAUGACUGUACCUGUAGGGGCUGCGGGGGUGCGGGGACUGGGUGGGCGGGGCUACCUGGCCUACGCCGCCGGGGGUGGAGCAGUGGGUCGAGGCGGCGGCGCCUACGGCCUGAAGACAGACAAGCAGGCGGAGGAGAAGCUGUACGACCUGCUGCCGGGCAUGGAGCUGACCCCCAUGAACCCCACAACCAUGAACCUGAAGGCUGCCACCAUCAAACCUGCACCACAGGUUCUGGAGGAGCUGUGUCAGAAGAAUAACUGGGGUCAGCCCGUCUAUCAGCUCCACUCUGCCAUUGGUCCAGACCAGAGACAGCUCUUCCUCUAUAAGAUCACUGUUCCAGCUCUGGCCACACAGUACCCCAACGUACAUCCCUUCACCCCUGCUAAGCUGUGCGCGGCUGUAGAAGAAGCUAAAGUCCAUGCAGCCGAGCACACCCUGCAGACUCUCGGUCUGCAGACAGAGGGCGCCGCCGACACCAGCUGUGCUACUGCUGCCGCUGUGGCCUCAGUAGCCUUCCCAGGUUACACUCUGGCGAGCCCGGCGUCGUCGGCGGUCGCCUCCCAGCUGAAGCAGGCUGUAUCUCUGGGUCAGGACCUGACCACCUACACCACCUACGAGGGUUACCCUGCCUUCGCUGUGGCGACGCGUCACACUGACGGAUACGGUGUUUUCUAGAUCAGCAGCUUCCAAAGAGGAAGAACACUCUAAGGCCGCGUUCACACUAUGCUGCUUUUCUUUCUUUCUUUUUUUUCAAAACUGCCAAGUUAAGAGGAGUAAACUCUGAUUGGCUGGUUGAUUAUUUCAGUGUGAACUCACCUUUCAACUGAUCACAGGAUCAGUUCUACAAAAAAAAGCAGAAUAGUGUGAAAGCUCCUUUUGCUGCUGUUUGCAUGGUGACUCACAUCCAACCCCUGCAGUUUUCACAGGAAGACAAAACCACUGCAGACUCAUGACCAAAUUAAAAAAGUGAAAAGAAAAC